AUGGCACGGCAAGGUUUAUAUCGGGAUAACCAAGCCAACUUGUAUGCUCUCGCCGUCCUGGCAUACCAGUCAGGUCACUCCAAAUUCCUGCUAGCAGAUGAGCUUACCAAAAGACCACUUAUCGGGAAGCCCCACGCAGGCGAAGGAUCAGCGCUGUCGGUGAUCUUGAUCUCGGUGAACGAAAAGCCGGCCAUCCCAGAGGGUAUUUCCGUUUGGGCGCGGCGAGAGACUGCACUGUCACAAAUGAAGCAAGGCCCGAACAUGAUGGCGGUAUCCUCGAGAGACAAAUAUGGGAAAAGCGAGGACUUGAGAUUCAUGACCCUGAUCGCCCAGUUUUUCGACUGA